CGCGAGCGCCGUAUGUGACUUCUUCUCUGUGCAUCACUAGUGAGCUCAUCCGUCAUCCGGUGACGGUUGCACACUCACUGCGCGCGCGGUCCUUUGCAGCGCAUGAGCAUCACUCCACGUCCUUUUCACACGAGCACCGGGCACCGCAGCCGCCGCGCGGCCAAGGAGAGGGAGCGCGCGCGCACCGGCUCCUCGCCCGCACAAAGAGGAGAGAGAGGAUGGCGCAGCUCAAGGCGCGAAGCAGCGAGAGCGUGAGCAAGGAGACGGAGGAGCGAGAGAAGAUGGAGGUUGCAACAGCAGAAGACAGUUUAAGAAAGGACAGCCCACGUGACACAAAGGAAAAAAUCGAACUCAAGAGGAGCAUCACGUUGUUCAACGGUGUUGGCAUGAUCAUCGGCACUAUCAUCGGCUCGGGCAUCUUCAUCACACCCACUGGGGUUGUGAAAGAGGCGGGCUCUGCAGGCCUCUCCCUCAUCGUCUGGGCCGUGUGUGGGGUGAUCUCCACCAUGGGUGCCUUGUGCUACGCUGAGCUGGGCACCACCAUCACCAAAUCGGGUGGCGAUUACACCUACAUCUUAGAGGUGUACGGGGACCUGGCCGCAUUCCUCAAGCUUUGGGUGGAGAUGCUGAUUAUACGGCCUUCCUCGCAAUAUGUUGUCUCGCUGGUCUUCGCCACCUACCUCCUCAAACCCUUAUAUCCUGAAUGCAGUGUGCCUGAUACAGCUGCCAAACUCAUCGCAUGUCUCUGUUUGACCAUGUUGACAUUCGUCAACUGCAUCAGUGUGAAGGCUGCCACAAAGGUGCAGGACAUCUUCACAGCAUCCAAGCUCCUCGCUCUUGGCAUUAUCAUCAUCUUUGGCUUCAUCCAGAUUGUUCGAGGUGAAAUCCCUUACCUGAAACCAGAGCUUGCAUUUGAAGACAGUAAAAUGGGGGUUGACAACAUGGUCCUUGCACUUUACAGUGGUCUUUUUGCAUUUGGAGGGUGGAAUUAUUUGAAUUACGUUACAGAGGAAAUGAUCAAUCCAGAGAAAAACCUGCCGCUGUCUAUAAUCAUCUCCAUGCCUAUUGUGACAGUGGUUUACGUGUUAACCAACAUGGCGUAUUUUACCACUAUUCCUCCACGUGUAAUGGUAGACUCAGAGGCAGUGGCUGUGCUCUUUGGAGAGUACCAUCUUGGGGUGAUGUCUUGGCUCAUCCCAGUUUUUGUGGGGUUGUCCUGCUUUGGAGCAGUCAAUGGAAGCUUGUUUACUUCUGCUCGGCUGUUCUAUGCUGGGGCUCGAGAAGGUCAGCUCCCUGCUGCAUUGGGUCUUGUCCACACUGACUUAUUCACCCCUGUACCCUCUCUCAUCUUCACUUGUUUCCUGUCCAUGCUAUAUGCCUGUUCCAGAGACAUCUUCUCUGUAAUCAACCUGUUCAGUUUCUUUACCUGGCUGUGUGUGGGCAUGGCUAUUGCUGGCAUGCUGUGGCUGCGCUGGAAGAAGCCUGAGCUAAGGAGGCCCAUCAAGAUCUGUGUGUUGAUCCCUGUGACAUUUGUUCUGGGCUGCGUCUUCAUGAUUAUGGUGUCUUUCUGGGCGGCUCCGUUUGAGUGCCUGAUUGGGACUACUAUCAUUCUGACUGGCAUCCCCUUCUAUCUGUUGGGUUACAAGUGGAAGAAACCGUACGUUGUGCAGAAGAUUCUAGAGAUUUUUACCAUGUUCUGUCAGAAGAUUUUCAUGUCUGUUCCAGAGGAGCGAGGACCACCUGAGUGAUCAGUCCUAGUGUGCCAUAAUCACAGGACAAAACAGUGUACCAGUGUUCUUUGACUACACAAUAAAUAUGUGGCAGUGUGAGUUAGUAUACUGUGAGGUUUGCAAAUUGUGUGUGUGCUAUAACUCUGGCACCCCUCCAUGAAACCCAUCUUACUGUUUCCACCAUGUAGUUCUUCAUAAAGGACUCAUCUACCUAACCAAUCUACUAAUAUCUUGCUGGCUUUAUCUGUAACGUCAGCUUCAUAUUCCAUCAUAUUCAGCUUUGUUUUGGAGCCUUUUAAGAACAUCUUGAGUCAUGAAAGCAAAUAUCUUGGGCAAGAUAGGAUCUUUUGGCUCUUGGAUGUAUGAUAAAGAUAAUAAAAACAUGCUAAAACAAAACUAGAAAAACAAUGGACAGAUAUUACUUGAAACAGACUAUUUUCACCCCUUGAAACUAUUAAAAUGGAUAAAAAAAACACGUAAAUGUAGGGGAUUUCUUUCAGUGAUCUUGUGUGGUAUACAUUUAAAUAUUUGUUAUACAUAAUUUUGAGUAAUUUGAUUCAAAUAUAAAUCCAUGAGAAAUGCAACAUUGCCUUUUUUGUUUGCCUGUGGUAAAUAUUGUUAUUACAGUUUUAUUUGAAGGACUAAACCAGAGUGAAUGUAUUAAGUGAUAUGUGAUGAAGUUGAGCUUUGCUGUCAGUUUAGAAUCAUUACAUUUUUAAGAAUCAUUACAUAUUUAAGAUUUAGGCAGCUUACAGAUGAAGCCUGCUGUCUGUCAUUACCAAAGUUUUAACAAUCUGCUGCGCAUACCAUUGAGAUGUGGUCAAGAGCACAAGAAAAUCUGGAAAGUGAAAUACACAAUAGCAUCAUAAGCAUACCAGCAUCAACUGUAAAGCAAUGUAAAUACAUCUAUGAUUCAAUGCUUAAUUUUUUGUCAUAAUAUAGAGGAGAAUGUUGCUUUUUGUCAAGGCUACAUAAAUAUUUAUUUUUUAUUUUAUAG